UCACGUGGUGGCGGCAUCAGCUGAUCGUUGUUUCCGUUGCCGGCGGCGAGGCUGAGAGCGGAGCUGGUCGGUCGGUCUGCGGCGGUGGCCAUGGCAGCCUCGGUGGGGCCGGGGACCCGCACCAAGACCAAGAAGAAGCACUUCGUGCCGCAGCGGGUGAAGGUCUUGCGGUCGGCCGACCCGCUGCUGGCCGUGCUGGGCUGGGGCAUCAACCAUCAGGUCAACGAGCUGAGUCAAGUCCCUCAGCCGGUGAUGCUGCUUCCGGAUGACUUCAAAGCCAGUUCCAAAGUGAAAGUGAACAAUCAUCUCUUCAACAGGGAAAACUUGCCCAGCCAUUUCAAGUUUAAGGAAUACUGCCCGCAGGUCUUCCGCAAUCUCCGGGAGCGCUUCAACAUUGAUGACCAGGAUUAUCAGGUUUCGUUGACACGUAGCCCCCCCACCUACGAGACUGAGGGAGGCGGGGGGCGCUUCCUCAUGUCUUACGACAAAACAUUGGUGAUAAAGUUGAUCUCCAGUGAAGACGUGGCUGACAUGCACAGUCUCCUCUCACAUUACCACCAGUAUAUUGUGAAAUGUCAUGGGAACACCCUCUUGCCCCAGUUCCUGGGGAUGUACCGGGUCAGUGUGGACAACGAAGAGAGCUACAUGCUGGUCAUGAGGAACAUGUUCAGCCACAGGCUUACUGUGCACCGGAAGUACGAUCUGAAGGGCUCCUUGGUAUCCCGCGAAGCAAGCGAUAAGGAGAAGGGCAAGGAUCUACCCACACUGAAAGACAUUGAUUUUCUGAACAUGAACCAGAAGAUAUACGUCAGUGAAGAAGCCAAGAAGGACUUCAUGGAGAAGUUGAAGCGAGAUGUGGAGUUCCUAGUGCAGCUGAAGAUUAUGGACUACAGCCUGCUCUUGGGGAUCCAUGACGUGGCACGGGCUGAGCAAGAGGAAGAGGAGGAAGUGAAAGAGGAAGAGGAGGACGGCGAGGGAGAGCCUGGGGGCGUGGCCUCAGUGGGAUCCUAUGGGACAUCUCCAGAGGGCAUCGGCAGCUAUCUCAACUCCCACAGGCCUCUGGGGCCUGGCGACUUUGACCCAUACAUUGACGUUUACGCCAUCAAGAGUGCCGAAAACAGCCCGCAGAAGGAAGUUUAUUUCAUGGGACUGAUCGACAUCCUCACGCAGUAUGAUGCCAAGAAGAAGGCUGCCCAUGCAGCCAAGACAGUCAAGCACGGGGCCGGUGCAGAGAUCUCCACGGUGCACCCAGACCAAUACGCCAAGCGUUUUCUGGACUUUGUCACCAAUGUGUUUGCUUAACGGGCUGUGCUGUGACUGCCACCAAAGAUCAAAAGGCUUUCCUGCCCCCAUCCCCAUAGUUCUCCCCUGCCAUUCUGACCCCCAAAUUCUCAGUAAGAGGGAUGGUCCCCCCCUACUGUUUGGGUGAGCAGGAGAGUCCUCAGACGAGAGAGCCCCGUUGCAGCUGGCCUGGGGAGACAGCUGCCAAAUCAAGUGCCUUAAACUCCGAUCUUUCCUCGGGAACGGUCGGCAAUUCAGAGCUAUUCGGCAGCUCUUCGGAGGCAGCUUCCUUCCGUUUCCUGGUGGGAGAAACGAGGCCGGCAGCUCUCCGUCCCCUCGGAUGGACCUGCGACAACACUAGUCAGUGGCUCUGUUUAGGGCAGCAUCUACAAAACUCUCACACAGGGUCAGCUGGCGUCUUAUUCCAGGACAGAAUAAUAUGCAAUAAUAAGAAAUUUUUAAGUCACGUGCCUUCGGAAGAAGGGGGGGAUGAGUGCAAUCUUCUCUGCACCGUCAGUUUCCAUCAGGGUGCCUGACGGUAUAUCCCGGUAGAGUCAGCAGCACUACCUAUUGAUGUCAGAGCCUCUGUGCAAAAUCUUUACCUCUUCUCUUCACUCCAUGGUGAGAGUUUUUACAGUGUCCCCUCCCCCUUCCUUAUAGAAGGUUUAGGUUGUUUCAGAGCACCCUUGUUGAUAAUAAACCUUCCCUUCUGUUGACCAUCUGAAGGGCUUAAAAAUGUACUCCAAUUCCCAUUGGGUUGUUUUGUUUGGGGUUUUUGUUUUUGCUCUUCCACUGUGGCUUUUUAAAAGCCUCACCCAAACUCCACUCCUUAUGCAGGCCCGAUAUCUGAGACAGCUUUUAUUUGGAUGUACUGUAAUCUCCCCCCACAUCUUAUCCGCUGGAGGUUGCGCACCAGUUCAGGGCUGCUAAAACGGGGGGCUGGGAUUUGGUUCCUGGGUGGUUCUUAAUCUCUGCCCUAGUGGAGAGGGCCGUGCUGGUCUCGGCAGAGAGGAUUUUUUUUCUGACCCUGGCACCACGUACCAGGCCAUUUCCCUAACUUGGAUGGGUGGAACAGCUCUGCUCCAUAGCCAGGAGAGUCUGAGUCUCCACAGAGCGGCCUGCACGAGGCUCGGCUGCCCCAGCCCCACCCAACAAUAGCAAUCCUGUUCCAACGUUUUGGCAGAGGCUGAAAGUAAAAGCCUCGCCCUAGGUUAUAAUUGAAGGUUUCUUUUGCUGAGGGAUAGAAAGGGCUCAGUAGGGGACAUAAUGCCCGUGUUUCAGGCACACCCCCGUAACUGUUCUGCUGCAAGAGGAAUGCAAGACAGAGCUAGCAUUUCCUGUCUCUUUCAGCCCACUAAGGAGCAAGAGCUCUUGGCUGAGGUCUGUAGCUUGCAGAGGGGACUCCCUGGGCCCUUCGGUUAUAGGCCAAGCCAUAUUGGGGACAUUGCUCGGUAGCCACAGCCUUCAGCAAAGCAAAGCAGGGCUCCUCCAAGACCCCACGCGACGAGCGCCUUGAGGGAAAACAAACACAUUCCAGUCACUCCUGCCUACCUGGCACAUUGGUCUGGUGUGCCACAGGGCAGCUGUUAUCCUAGCAAGGGAGAAGCCCUUUGGCAGCACUCCUAAGUGAUUCCCCCCCCUCCCCAAUUUGCUGCUUGAUGGUGCUGCUUUGGUCCUGGCCCCAAAGGGUUGCAUCAGUACCAUUCAUGGUCCACACUCCUCUGUCCCACCUGCGGUUCUUCUGGGACAGAAGCCAUUCCUCUUGAUGCAAUAAAGCCCGUGCCAUGGAAACGGGCUUAUGCCCCAGGGAGCUCCACGACAUUCCCCCCCCCUUUUCUUUCUCUCUCUCUCUCUCUCUCCAGUGUUUCUUAUUGUAUAAGAUGUUGUAUUUCCAGUUUUCUCUGUAUCAAUAGAAAUAAAUUAUUGAACCGGA